AUGCAUGCCGCCGCGGCGCCGGCGCCGCCGCUCUGGCUCCGGACCAUGACGGCGGCGAACCUCGACUCGGAGAUGGGACUGAUCGGCGAGAUGAUGGUGCAGUACCCCUACGUCACCAUCGACGUCGAGUUCGCCGGCGUCGUCCACCACCCGCCUUACACCGGCAGCCGCCCCACGCCGGACGAGAUCUACGCCGCCUUGAAGUCGAACGUCGACGAGGUGCCCGCCGUCCAGAUCGGGAUCACCCUCUCCGACGCGGAGGGCAACCUCCCCACGAGAUCUUCGUCUUCUCCUGAGCAGGAGAUCGCGUGGGAGGUCGUCUUCUCCGACUUCGACGCCGGCCGCGACCCCCACGUCGUCGACUCCGUCGAGUUCCUCAAAAACCAAGGCAUCGACUUCGACCUCGCGCGGCAGAUCGGCGUCACCUCCACGGCGUUCGGAGAGAAGCUGCUCGCCAUCCUGCCGCCGCCGUCGCGGCGUGGCGAGCUCACCUGGUCGGCGUUCGGCGGCGCCUACGACAUGGGUUACCUGCUCAAGAUGCUCACCGGCGGCCAGCCGUUGCCGGAGACGAGACAACAGUUUAUGCAACUUGUCAAAUCUCGGCUAGGCGGCGGCCGGAUAUUUGAUUCAAAAUAUUUGGUAGAACACGACCGUCAAGAUCUGCGCAAUGCCGGGUUGAGGCACACGGCAGAUGUUCUUGGCGUGAGACAGCAGGAGGGGGUGAAGAUGCUGGCUGGGCACAAGAGCGUGGUAGCAGCUGCCAUCUUUGCCACAAUCCGGUCUCAGGGUGUUCACCUCCUGCAUGGAGUUAUCGAUGGAAUUUUAUAG